AUGGCCGCGGCCGCGGCGGGAGGAGCCCCCGGCCCGGACCCCGCCGCCAGGGCCCCGCCGCCGGCGAUGCGGAGGCGCGGGGACUUGCGGCGCCGCCAGGCCGCGCUCUUCUUCCUCAACAACAUCUCCCUGGACGGGCGGCCCCCGAGCCUGGGCCCGGUCGGCGAGAAUCUCCCGCCGCCGCUGCCGUCCGCCGAGGUCCGCGAGCCGCCAGCGCCGCCGCCGCCGCCUCCCGGGCCCGGGCCCGAGCCCGCGCCGCCCGGCCCUCCCGGCAGCGCGGUCAGGGCCUCGGCGCCCCAGGGCCUGCUCAGCCCCGCGCCCGCGCCUGCCGGCCUCGGCCUGGACGCGCAGCGCCCGAGAAGGCGGGUUGCCUCCCAGCGCUGCUCCCUCGAGUUCCUGGAAGACACCGUGGGAUGUCCCUCCAUUCAAAGAACCAAGCACAUACCCGGGUCCCCCAGACACAAGGGCCUGAAGAAGACUCACUUCAUCAAGAACAUGCGACAGUAUGACACCAAGAAUAGCAGGAUCGUGCUGAUCUGCGCCAAGCGGUCCCUGUGUGCAGCCUUCUCGGUCCUGCCCUAUGGAGAAAGCCUGCGGGUCAGUGACCUGAGGGUGGACAGCCAGAAGCAGAGGCAUCCGUCCGGUGGCGUGUCUGUUUCUUCCGAGAUGGUCUUUGAGCUGGAAGGUGUGGAGCUGGGAGCAGAUGGAAAGGUCGUAUCUUACGCCAAGUUCCUGUACCCUACCAACGCCCUGGUCGCACAAAAGACAGACAACCACGGCCCGCCGCCCCAGCCCCGGACCAGCGUCCCCCGGGCUGUGCCAGCAUCAAGAUACAAACCGGCUGCUGCCAAGUCAGCGCCGAUCAGCACAGAGCUAGGGAGCGAUGCAGGGGAUCCCCUGGAGUACAACCCCAACCUGCUGGAUGACCCGCAAUGGCCCUGUGGCAAGCACAAGCGAGUCCUCAUCUUUGCAUCUUACAUGACCACCGUGAUCGAAUAUGUGAAGCCCUCCGACCUCAAGAAGGACAUGAAUGAGACAUUCCGAGAGAAGUUUCCACACGUCAGACUAACACUGAGCAAAAUUAGGAGUUUAAAACGCGAGAUGCGGAACCUAUCUGAGGAGUGCAACCUGGAGCCUGUGACUGUGUCCAUGGCCUACGUGUACUUCGAGAAGCUUGUCCUGCAAGGCAAGCUCAACAAGCAGAACCGCAAGCUGUGCGCAGGCGCCUGUGUGCUGCUUGCUGCCAAGAUCAGCAGCGACCUCCGCAAGAACGAAGUAAAACAGCUCAUAGACAAGUUAGAAGAAAGGUUCCGAUUCAACAGACGGGAUCUAAUUGGGUUUGAGUUCACAGUGCUUGUGGCCUUGGAACUUGCUCUUUAUCUUCCCGAGAACCAGGUGUUACCUCAUUACAGACGCCUCACACAGCAGUUCUAGUCUGCUGCCCAGACAGCCCAUGCCACUCAGCACACGUUUGUGGGCCCCAGGAGCUGUUCCCAGGCAGUGACGUGCACCCCUGCCCCCCAUGGCCUCACCCUCCCAGCUGGGACACGUGGGCCCUGCCUUCGCACACUUUCUUCCUUGGGGGGCCAUGCUUUCAUUCCAAAGCACAGCACAUCACCGUGAUAUUUCUGAGAAUGUUCUGGCAUUCUCACAUGGAUAGAAUGCAGGAUGUGUCCUUUUCCUUUUUUCACGUGCCUGACUGGCCUGGCACCAGGACCCUUGAUUUAUGCUUUGGAUCCUGACGUCAUGGCAUCUUUCUCCUUUGCACUGCCUUGCCUUCCACAUACCAUCGUAGCCACUGAUGCAUCGCAGUGGUGACUGUUUCCAGAUGCUGCUGAGCGCAUUCAAGUCCCUGAAGUUAAUGUAGAAGCAUUAAUUUUGACUUCCCAGUCUUUGGAUGUGGAACACACCCUGCCCAGCCCGCUGUCCAUUCCCCUCCCACGUCCACAAGCAAAGAGCAGACUCCUGGCUUUGAUCAGUUUUAUUCUUGGACCUCUGAUCUCCCAAGCAUCAUGUCACUGUGAAGUCCUCGUACCUGAGUGUUACGCCAGCAGGCCUCUGCAAACACAAGUUGCCCCUUCACCUCACCCAGAAAACCCCACUGGCCUGCAACACUGGAUCUUCAGAUGAUUGCAUUGGAGUGUGGCUCUUGAUCUUCUUAAGCAAUAUUAUGACAGAACAGCCUGUUGUCAUUUGGGAUUGUUUUGGAGGUUUCCCAUAAGGGAACACAAACUGGUUAGAUGUGUGAAGCUGUGAGUUGAAACACUUGCUCAAGCUGGGAGGAGACGGACUACUUCACAGCCCACAGCACGGCCUCCCCAAGGUCGGCUCAAUGCCCUCUUCUCCCAAGGCUGUCCGGGCCAACUGGCCAGUGCAUUUCACACUCAGACCCCAGCUGCCGGGGAUCCUCACUCCGAUAAAGGCCUGGGCUCUGCUUCUCCAGGUUUGUUGUCCUUUGCACGAAUUCUGUGGUCCAGUUCUCCAGCUCACUGCCCCACCAAAAACACUUCGGUGAGUCAGCUGGCCUGAAAGAUGGCCAUGGAUCAUCAAGCUGCUUUCCUAUUGUGCUAGACCUGUUGGAGGGGCCCUGGGGCAGCCCCCAUCUUGUACUCUCUCCACAUGGGCUGGUGUUUUUGCAGAACACCCAGUUCUGCUCAUCACAGCACCCAACCACCAGCAACUCAGCCCAGACCUCAGAAGAGGUGCAGGCCAACUACUCAUCCACUUGUUGCCUGCAAGCCUGUUCCUUCCACUCACUCAAAGACUGCAGUGCGCCUCCCUCUCCAAGAUGGCUUCCUAAACCCAACCUGCAUCCAAGGUAGAUCGUAGGGUGUAAGGUGCUAGGCCCGGCAACUUCUGGAAAGCAUCCUGUCCUGCCACCAUAUAUCUCAAGGACACUUCUGUGUUAGAAGCACUGUAAGGGAUUUCUAAAAAUAUACGUCCCGGUUUACAGCUUAGCCUCGAAGGACCUGUCUCUUUGGGAAUUUCUAUACAGACGUUAGACCAGCUGAAAAAUAUGGUCAUUUAAGUUUGCACAUUUAUGUGGUAAGAUUUAGUCAUUUGCCAAUCUCAUCUGUAACCUCCCCAGCUGCGUGUCCUUUUUAGUAACGCUGGAGCUGCCACUGUGUGGUAGUCAAGAAUCCCUGCAGGAAAGCCAGUAUUUAAGCCAAACCUCAGACUGAAUCCCCGUCCUCUAGAACAAGCCCCAACCUCUGAGGGUGUCCAGGGCCCAGUGCCACUCCCUCAGAACCCAGUAGCAGUUGUGGAUUUUAAAUGUGCGUUAAGCAACUAUCUGACCUCAAUGCCAAGUUGUGUCACAAGUGUUUAUAUUUGUGCUUUAAAGUAAAGUUUGGUUUUGCAGCGUAUAAGUCGUCUCCUUUCAGUGAGCUGACCUCUCCUCGCCCAUUCACAGCAGGAUGUCAGCUCUGAC